AUGGACGGUGGAGGUGCGAUCUGGGAGCAGCAGGAAGGUGAGUGUGACUACGAAUUCCGUGACAGAAACGAGGGCCAGGCAGGGGUGCGUGAGGCUGGGAAGCGAGGGUCUAGAGGGGGGAGUGGAGGUGAGGGAAGUGCUUAUAAAGGGCGGGAUGAUGGCGAUUUGUUCGGUGGGGAUGGUAGGGAUGCAGAGGGAUGGGAAGUGGUGGACGAGGGGCAGGAGGAAGAGGAGGGAGAGGAAGGUGUGGGAAGGGAGAAGGGCGGAGGAGAUGAGGAGGAGGAGGAGGAGGAAGUCGACGAGGAAGUGGGGGGAAGGAGAAGGACCGGGGAUUCAAAAGACGAUUCAUUUGAAAAUGGCGGAGUGUACUGUGGUGCUGUCUAUAACGAGCAUGAUGAGGAUGCUUAUGGCGGGUAUGGCGGGCAGGGGUUGGGGGUGGAUAGGAGAGGUGGGAGAAGGGGGUUUGGGGGAGUUGGAGAGGAGGGAGAGGAGGAGGAGGAGGAGGAGGAGGAGGAGGAGGAGGAGGAGGAGGAGGAGGAGGAGGAGGAGGAGGAGGAGGAGGAGGAGGAGGAGGAAGAGGAGGAAAGGGAGGAGGAAGAGGAGGAAAGGGAGGAGGAGGAUUUUAAUCAGCAAAGACAGUCUCAAAAGGAAACUGAUUCCCAGGGGUAUUCACAGGUGCAGGCGCAGGGGACCACACAGGGGCGUGCACUGGUAUCAGCGCGUGAUGGGAUGCGGGCGGUGGGAGGGGGAGGGGAGGAUGAGAAGGCACGAUGGGCAGAAAAAUGCGCUUCUCGGUUGAAGGAGUGGGAGAGAGAGGAGGAUGAGGAUGAUGAUGAGGAUGGCGUGGGGGAGGGGAGAGGGGACGGUGGAGAGAGGGGAGAGGAUGAAGAGGAGGAAGAGGAGGAAGAGGGGGAGGAGGAGGAGGGGAAAGGGGGUGCGGACAUGUAUGGAGAAGACUACCGGUUUAAUAGAGAUGGGGAGAGUGGGUAUGGAGACAGGGGUCAUGAGGAAGAGGAGUAUGGGAAGGUGGAGCAUGGAGACGGGGAGUAUGAAGAGGGGGAGUAUGGAGAGCGGGAGCAUAGAGCAGGGGGGUAUGGUGAGGGGGGGUAUGGUGAGGGUGGUUAUGGAGAAGAGGGGCACAGAGAGGGGGAAUACGGAGGGGGGGGGCAUGGCAGGGACGGGUAUGCAAAUGGAGAGGGUGCAGGAGCCUGGCAGGAGGAGCACCAAGGGGAGGACGCAGGAGGGCAUAUGGGAGGGGCAGUGAGAGGGCAGAUGGGCGGGCAGAUGGGCGGGCAGAUGGGCGGGCAGAUGGAUGAUAUGUAUGGGUCGUUUGACGUGACUGGGGCUGCGUAUGGGGGGGGUUCUGGUCGGUACUCAUCGCAUGGGGAAGGGUCUUUUGAGGCGCCUCAAAAGUCGGGUUCUGGUCGAUAUUUAAUGCACGGGGAGGGUUCUGGUCGGUACUUGUUGCAUGGAGAAGGGCAGGAGGCAGUAGAGGAGGAGGAGGAGGAGCAAGAGUGCGACGAGUCGCAGGUGGCAGGUGCGUCAGGGGUGGGGGGACGAGCAGAGGAGAGUGGGAGUGUGGGGGAAGGGGGCGGAUGGGGUGAGGGUGGCGGGUAUGAUCAGUAUGGGUACCAGCAGCAGCAGCAGCAGCAGCAGCAGCAGCAGGGGUUGGGAUUACAGGGAGCAGCAGCAGGCAAUGGUGGUGGUGGCGAGUGGCAUGAGCACGACUUCCAAACCAGACACGACCCAGAUACUGGGUUGGAAGAUGGAUAUGGGCAUGGGUAUGGCAACAGCGUUGAUCAAGACACUGGGUUCGGGGAUGGGUAUGGCAACAGCGUUGAUCAAGACCCUGGGUUCGGGGAUGGGUACGGGAAUGAUACCAGAGAUGCGUUUGGAGAUGGGUUUGGGGAUGAGUAUGAUGGAGAUGGGCACGGGGAUGGCUAUGACAAUGACCUCCACCCUCACUCCCAGCAGCCACAUUACUCUCAGCACCAGCAGCAGCAGCAGCAUCAGGUGCAGCAGCAGCAGCAGUCCUACUUGCAGGGCCAGCAGCAGGACUCUCAGCAAUCUUACUUUCAGCAGUCUUUCUCUCAGCAGCAGCAGUACUCAGAUGCUCUCAAUUCCUUCUCCCAGCCCUCUGACCCCUCAACCUCUUUCUCCCAGCAAUCUCCAAUCACGCCGCGACAUGUGGCUGCUAGAGGGGGGGUGAGUGGUGGGGGUGGUGAGGUUGGUGUGGGAGGAGCAGGGCCGAUGGGGAAGAGCGGACAAGCACAGGGUGGGCGGGAGGAGAGGAGGGGACGGAUACAGCGGCCUAUGGACGAUGGGGAGGAGAGGAGAGGAAGGCUUCAAAGACCAAUAGAGGAUGGGGAGGAGAGGAGAGGGCGUCUUCAGAGACCAAUGGAGGAUGGGGAGGAGGGAGGUAGGGGGAAGAGGUAUGGGGGUGAUGUUGCUCGCACCCCCAGGAAAGGGGUGGAAGUGAGAGGAGACGGGAGGGGAGAAGGGAGAGGGGGGGAAUGGAGAGGGGGAGAUGGACGGAAAGGGGAGGGACCGGAGGGGUAUGGCAAUCUAGCUCUGAAGAGGCAGCUGAGUUUGAAACUUGCUGUACCCACCACUCCCAGGGGAGAAGGGGGAAUGAUUGGCGGUGGGCCGAAGAGCGUGCGAGGGCGCAGUAAGAGCGGCGCGUGGGAGAUGGAGGAAAGCGGGAGGAGAAGAGGAGGAGGAGGGUCAGGAGGAGGAGGGGGGUGGGGAGUGGAGGGAGGGAGCGGUGGGAGUGGAAGGAGGGAGCGUUUAGACGAGUUUGAGGAUCCGUACGGUGGGACACAGGGACCGGGAGGAGGGGGGCGAGAGAGAAGGUCACGAGGGGGAGGGGCAGGAGGAGGAGCAGCAGAGAUGGUUCCAAAGACGCCCAGGGACCACAACCCCAAGACCCCCAGGGAUUAA